CAUUUCCCGGUGUGCCCGGGGCGGGCGGGGCGCCGCCGGAAGGAAGUGGGCGAGCACGCGAGCGGCCGGCGGGGCUGCGUGUGGCGCGGGAGCCGGCGCUGCGGGUCGUCAUGUUUCUCCAGUAUUAUCUCAACGAGGAGGGCGACCGGGUGUACACGCUGAAGAAGUUUGACCCUAUGGGACAGCAGACCUGCUCGGCCCAUCCUGCGCGCUUCUCCCCGGACGACAAGUACUCGCGACACCGCAUCACCAUCAAGAAGCGCUUCAAGGUGCUGAUGACCCAGCAGCCGCGUCCUGUGCUCUGAGGGCCUCCUCCACCGCCUGCCGCUCCGCAGAGGCUCCUUGUAAAAUAAACCAAAAAUGCCCCCUCCACCUCGGCCAUGAAGCCGCCUCUGGAUUUGGGUCUCGUUCUUGCGUUUGAUCACGCUUGUGUGUUGCCCUAAAGGAAACAGGUUCGGCUCUGUCAGGGUUUGAAUUACUGCCGGGUUAUUACAUGUAAAAUGACUUGAGAGAGCUCUCA